AACUAUGAACUAUCCGUAAAGUUGUUCCUUCCUUCCUAGCAACUUCUUUCUUGUCAAACAAUACAAUUAUUUUCCUUUCCACGUCUCAUCAGAAUGAACUAGCUUAACCUAUAUUCUUCUCUGAUCUGUGCUUCUUGUUCAUCUUCUUCUGAAUACUGCCCCAGCAAGCCAGCACUUGAAGAACAUCAUGAAUCCAGAGCCACUGAUCAAAAUGCUUCGACAGAAUGAUCCAGUUUCGCAUCAUGUUGACAGAUCUUUUGGGGAAUAUGUUGAAAAGAUGGAUGAUGGUCGCAUGAGGUGUAAGUUUUGUAGGCAUUUAUUUGGCAACGGUACUUCCAUUUCGAGGAUCAAAUUGCAUUUAGCAGGAGUGACAGGCCGUGGUGUUAAAAUUUGUGGACAAGUGCCUCAAGAUGUCCAAGACGCAGCCCUUCCAGCAAUUGAUGGCCGUCCAGGAAGAAAACGUAAAACUGUAGCAGGCUCAAGAAAUAACGAGGUCCAAAGAAGAAAUUGGAUAAAAAUAAUAUCAGGAUGGACUUUGCUGAUGACAAACUUAAUUCUAGAGUUUGCAUCUGCAGUUUUUGACCAGCUGGGUUAUGCACCAAUUGGCAUGGUGUUGGCAUUUGUAGCUUUGCUUCUUGCUACUGCUGAACUCAUUUACAUGGCACGAAAGGAAAUAAUGGACCUGUUGCCCUGUUUCCAUCGCCCAUCGACCAGUACUUCCGCACCUUGAGAGCCUGUUGGCACUAUUACUGAGUAUUUUGGAUUGGUUGGUGCUGUCUGGCAAUGCUUUUAUUCGACUGUGGAGUAUGUAUAUGCUCGACAGAAGAAAGAUAAUCCAAUUAAGAUGUGUCUUCUGCCUUUUAUUUUUUUAUUAUGUGUGGUAUUUUCCAAAUUAAUUAAAAAUUAGUUUCAUUGACAAGAGUGCUUAGGAACGGUAUAUUUUCUUAACUAAAGGAAUGGCAGUGUUUUGUUUUAAGGACUAUAUAUUUUUUAGUGGAAUGUGUCGAAGACUUUGACACAGGAUAUGAUCUCGUCUUCUUAUUGUUUUAAAUUUCUUGCAGCUCUAUAUCAAUUCUGGUCUUUAACAUCUUAAUUACAAUUUCUUGCAGUUCCUACAUCACGAGAGCCAAUGACCAUCGAUCUUUAAUUUGAAUAAAGCCUAUUUCUUAUCUCUUCAUCAUGGAAGAAAAAAGGGAAUUUCUUGGCUAAUGUUUGGUUAUUGUUUUGCAGUAGAAAGAGAUAAGGAAGAUAAAUGGGAUAUAUUUCCUUGUAUUUUUUAUUUUAAAAAUAUAGAAAUUUAUUAAAAACCUAUAGUAAAAUAUAUAUUUAUUUUAUGUUUUUGUUU